AUGACACUAAAAAAUAUAACAUUGUUGUCUAUAUUGGCUGUCUGUUUGAUAUCUGCACAGGCAGCAAGGUUUGACAUCGUCAACCGAUGCCCCUAUACCGUCUGGCCAGCUGCCACUCCCUACGGUGGUGGUGUGCAGUUAAAUCCAGGCCAAGCAUGGAACUUAUACAUCCCAGCUGGUACCUCAUCAGGCAGAAUUUGGGGCCGAACUGGUUGCAACUUUGACGGUUCUGGCCGAGGCAACUGUCAAACCGGUGGCUGCGGUGGUGACCGCAGUUGCAGCUUAUCCGGUCAACCUCCACUCACACUUGCUGAAUUCACCCUUAACGGUGGAAACAAUUUGGAUUACUAUGAUAUAUCUGUGAUUGAUGGUUUCAAUGUUCCAAUCCAAUUUGCCCCAACCUCUAAUGGAUGCAACAAAGUGCGAACUUGCACAGAACGUUCUUGCCCUGAUGCUUAUCAGUAUCCGAGUGAUAAUACUAAAACGGUUGCAUGCCCAGGUGGUACCAACUAUAGAGUCGUCUUCUGCCCUUGA